GGCAACCGUGACUCGAGCUGACCUUAAAUCGGCGGGGUCGCGCGCAGACCGGACACUCGUUAUCGGUCAGCGGGGUUCUGUGCGGGAUCAUGCGCUCGAUUUGGGGUUUAUUCGCGGUGGUCGCCGCGGCCACGUUCUACCUCUAUGUCCUGUCGGCUUUCCUGCCCCCCGGGCCGCCUCGCGCGCAACAUCACGACCCCGCGGCGGAACCGGGAGCGCGUGCCGAGGGCAGCAGUGCAGAUGAAGAGGAGCUCCGGUUGCGUUUCCCUUCAGACCUGGAGGAGCUGCGAGAUCUGGCCGAGCUGCUCAAGUUUUAUAAGCGACAGCACACAACUUAUGUCCUCGUGCUGUUCUGCAGUGCCUACCUCUACAAGCAGUCCUUUGCCAUUCCUGGUUCCUCCUUCCUGAACAUGCUGUCAGGAGCGCUGUUCGGCCCGUGGUACGGCCUCCUCAUCGCCUGCACUCUCACCACGGUGGGCUCCACUAACUGCUACCUGCUGUCCCGCACAUUCGGCAAACGACACGUCAUCCGCUUCUUCCCCGAGAAAGUGGCCAUGUUACAGAGGAAGGUGGAAGAAAACAGAAGCAGUCUGUUCUUCUUCCUGCUUUUCCUGCGCUUCUUUCCCAUGACACCCAACUGGUUCUUGAAUGUAACUUCUCCCAUCCUCAACAUCCCCAUCCCCAUGUUCUUCUUCUCGGUCCUCAUUGGUCUGAUCCCUUACAACUUCAUCUGCGUGAGGACGGGAGCCAUCUUGUCGGAGAUCGCCUCGCUGGACGACAUCUUCUCCUGGGGAACUCUGCUGCAGCUGCUGCUCAUAGCGUGUGUAGCCCUCCUGCCCGGCGCCGUCAUCCGCCGCUACAGUCAGUCGCACCUCAAACUGGACGGCAUGCAGCACAACGGCCAGAAAAAACAGCUAAAUGAGCUCAACCAUCUCAAAAGCAGAUGACCUGCAGUAGGUCAGGGAUCUGCAGGACUGCACAGCACUGAACAGGAGGUGAUUCCUAGAAGCACUGCUUUGUUCAGACUAAUGUUAAAGUCCAGGAUUUUCUUUUCGUGUAAAUGUUAAAAAAAGCCACUUUGGAGCAAAUUACUGUUUUUACCAUUCGGUCAGUCACUUAAGCAAAGGCUGUUACUGCUCUUCCACACAAAAACAACAACUCACUCUAUAGAAAUCAACAGAUUAUGGAUUUACUGCCUAAAAACAGCCUAUAUUUAUUAUAAUAUAAUUUAUAUUAAAUUGCCAACAUGCUAAUUCUACAGAAAAACAUACCCUGGCUCUAAUGGUAGACUCAAUGAGCACUUUAUUAGGAAUACUCUACAACCACAGACUCGCAAAAAAACGAACAUUUAAGGCUGGAAACUUGCCUGGUCCGAUUAAUCUUAAUUUCUACUGAAGCCCGCAGAUGAUAUGGUCAGAAUUUUGGCACCAGCAGUCUGAAUCCAUGCACCUGACCUGCCU